CGCGUCCCCGAGGCCAUGCCCUCCACCAGCUACACGCCGGGGGCCAAGCGCGAGAUCACCAUGGAGGGAGACCUGGUCAUCGGGGGCCUGUUCCCCGUGCACGAGAAGGGCGAGAGCACCGAGGACUGCGGCAAAAUCAACGAGCAGCGCGGGAUCCAGAGGCUGGAGGCCAUGCUGCUGGCGCUGGACGAGAUCAACCAGGACCGCCGCAUCCUGCCCGGCCUGCGGCUGGGAGCCCACAUCCUGGACACCUGCUCCAAGGACACCUACGCCCUGGAGCAGUCCCUGGAGUUUGUGCGCGCCUCCCUGACCAAGGUGGACGAGGCCGAGUACAUCUGUCCCGACGGGUCGUACGGCAUCCACGACGACGUCCCGCUGGCCAUCUCCGGGGUCAUUGGCGGCUCCUACAGCGAUGUGUCCAUCCAGGUGGCCAACCUGCUCAGACUCUUCCAGAUCCCCCAGAUCAGCUACGCCUCCACAAGCGCCAAGCUGAGCGACAAGACCCGCUACGACUACUUCGCCCGCACCGUGCCCCCAGACUUCUACCAGGCCAAGGCCAUGGCGGAGAUCCUGCGCUACUUCAACUGGACCUACGUGUCCACGGUGGCCUCCGAGGGAGACUACGGCGAGACGGGCAUCGACGCCUUCCAGCAGGAGGCCCGCGCCCGGCAGAUCUGCAUCGCCACGUCGGCCAAGGUCAGCCGCUCCAUGAACCGCUGGAGCUACGAGGCGGUGAUCCGCUCCCUGCUGCAGAAGUCCAACGCCAAGGUGGUGAUCCUCUUCACCCGCAGCGAGGACGCCCGGGAGCUGCUGGUGGCGGCCGCCCGCAUGAACGUGUCCUUCGUCUGGGUGGCCAGCGACGGCUGGGGGGCGCAGGAGAGCGUGGUGAGGGGCAGCGAGCUGGUGGCUAACGGGGCCUUCACCCUGGAGCUGGCCUCCUACCCCAUCCGCGAGUUCACCGACUACUUCACCAAGCUGGACCCGUACAACAACACCCGUAACCCUUGGUUCCGGGAGUUCUGGGAGCACCGCUUCCAGUGCAGCCUCCGCGAGCCGGCCUGCGCCCGACGCACCCUGAGGGACGGCAGCUUCAUGCAGGAGCCCAAGAUCAUGUUCGUGGUGAACGCCGUCUACGCCAUGGCCCACGCCCUGCACAACAUGAGGCAGGCCGUGUGCCCCAACACCACCAAGGUCUGCGAGGCCAUGAAGCCGGGAAACGGGAAGCGCUUCUACAGGGAGUUCAUCCUGAAGACCAAGUUCGCCGCCCCCUUCCGCCCGGCAGAGACAGAAAACAUGGUGCGAUUCGACGCAUAUGGGGACAGCAUCGGCCGCUACAACAUAUUCCAUUACCACCAGGAGGACGGCAAGUACAUCUACAGGAAGGUGGGGUACUGGGCCCAGAGCCUCACGCUGAACACAAGCCUGAUUUCCUGGGCCAACCACGUGGCACACACUUCUCAGUGUAGCGACCCCUGCAAGAAGAACGAGAUAAAAAGCAUGCAGCCGGGGGACGUCUGCUGCUGGAUCUGCAUCCCCUGCCAGUCCUACCAGUACCUGCUCGACGAGUUCACCUGCAUGGACUGCAGCUUCGGCCAAUGGCCCCUGGAGAACCUGAGCGGGUGCUAUGACCUGCCGGAGGAGUACAUCCACUGGGAGGACGCCUGGGCUGUGGGGCCUGUCACCAUCUCCUGCCUGGGCAUGGUCUGCACCCUCUUCGUUGUUGGCCUGUUUGCCAAGAACAACGACACGCCCGUGGUGAAGGCUAGCGGGCGGGAGCUCUCCUACAUCCUGCUGCUGGGGGUGCUGAUGUGCUACAGCAUGACUUUCAUCUACAUCGCCAAGCCGUCGACGGCCAUCUGCACCCUGCGUCGGCUGGGCCUCGGCACCUCCUUCGCCGUCUGCUACUCGGCCCUGCUGACCAAGACCAACCGCAUCGCCCGCAUCUUCAACGGCGUGCAGGACAGCGCCCAGCGGCCGCGCUUCAUCAGCCCCACCUCGCAGGUGGUCAUCUGCCUGGCGCUCAUCUCCUGCCAGCUGGUGGUGGUGGUGGUGUGGCUGCUGGUGGAGGCUCCGGGCGUGAGGAAGGAGAUCAGCCCCGAGAGGAGGGACGUGGUGACGCUCAAGUGCAACAGCAAGGACUCCAGCAUGCUGGUGUCCCUCACCUACAACUGCGUGCUCAUCGUCCUCUGCACCGUCUACGCCUUCAAGACCAGGAAGUGCCCCGAGAACUUCAACGAGGCCAAGUUCAUCGGCUUCACCAUGUACACCACCUGCAUCAUCUGGCUGGCCUUCCAGCCCAUCUUCUACGUCACGGCUAGCGACUACAGGGUGCAAACCACCACCAUGUGCAUCUCCGUCAGCCUGAGUGGCUCGGUGGUGCUGGGCUGCCUCUUCGCCCCAAAGAUCCACAUCAUCCUGUUCCAGCCCCAGAAGAACGUGACCACACACCGAGUCACCACCAACCGCUUCAGUGCCACAGGGGCGGGAUCCAGCUACUCACAAGCAUCAGCUUCAAACUAUGUGCCAACGGUGUGCAACGGUCGAGAGGUGGUGGACUCUACAACGUCCUCCCUGUAAGGAAGAAGAAAGAGCAGACUUCACGUCCUCUGCCAAACGGACACAAGCUAUAACCACAAGUCAACGACAUCAGUCCCUCAUUCACACAGGGUUUUAAUGGCAUAAAAGUGCAUGUUAUCUGGAAACUAAUUAAAUAUUGUAAAAACUGGAAAACACUGGUAGCCCAGGAAGUAGAAAACUGCACUGCCAAUCGAAACUUCCGUAUAUAUUUUCGAAAUAUUUUUUUCCCGUUCGAAUGAAUGGAGGGCAUGCUGCUCUUUGCUCACAGACAGCAUUCACAUAGCAUUUCUUUUAACCAGAUGUCAUUCAAAUAACCGAUGAUGAGAGAGUGCAAAUUGCAUUUAAGAAAGAAAUUCUAAAUGGCCACAGCUAGUUUGCUUUAUACAAGGAUUUCCAGCUUUCCUCAAGUGGCAAAAUAAGCCUUUGUGAAUGAAUGGGGCAAGUGUUACAAAUAUUGGAGUGGUGUCACUGGAGAUCAAUCUGAUCUUGUUGUCCAAGUAUUGUGAAAACAAUGUCCCAAUUAUGUUUCUUUCUUUGACUAGUGUUAUAACAACUAUAAUAAUUAUGAUGAUAAAAUAAAAUCAUUCAGUAUACCCUUGCUUUAUGAGAAAAGUACAUUUUAUUUAAGACAUGAUACAUGAUAGUGAAUUUGUUCAGAUGUAGGCUAUAAUAUAUACUGCUAGCACAAUGUUUUUAAUGUAGAUUUUGGUGAACCAGUUUGUGCUUUCUUGUAAUUUAUGUAAAUAAAAUGUGUUUUUUAUUAUUAAAACUGCAGAUGCUA